UUGUGUGGUAUUGAGCGGAAUGUGACAUUGUAUGAUAGCAUGGCAGCGGACAGCGAUGGGCUAGGCUCGGCGGGCGGGGGCGGCGGCUCGUGCGGGGUGGUGAUGACCUGCGAAGGCGACCUGCGCGACCCGCGAUUCCCCGCGCGCCUUCGCCGCCUUCUGCGCGAGUUGCGCGCGCUGCUCGCCGAGCCGCAUCCGCACACGCUCAAAGUUAACAAGGUGGAGCCGUGGAACUCGGUGCGCGUGACGCUGUCGGUGCCGCGCGCGGCGGCGGCGCGGCUGCGCGCGCUGGCGGCGGCAGGCGCUCCGCAGCUGCGCGCGCUCGGUAUCCUGUCCGUGCAGCUGGACGGCGAUGCGGCCGUCUCGCUGCGCCUCCAGCACGGCGCCGAGCUCACCAUCAGCACCGACGCCGCGGACGAUGGCAAUUCAUCAAGGCAAGCAAACUCCGAGUUGCUGGCAGGAUUGGGGGGCAUAGGGCGAUUGUUGGGAGAGAGUGAGAGUUCCUCUACUUCAACGGACACUCCAGCUUCCUCAACUUCCACUCCUAGAGAUAACUUCAAAUCACCUAACACCGUUUGUCCGAUGGACGGCAAGAUACCACAGAACAUUCCCACACCAACUACCGAUCGCUGUGAGUUCCCGUUCGGAAGCAUGACUCAAGCAAGAGUCAUACAUAGGAAGGAAAAUACGUUAGGCUUAAGCGGUCCCGGGGUUCGUCCAAGCACAGCGAUAGCGGGCGCGGAGCAGUUCCCGCGCCCUUCCACAUCAGCGUUCGCAGGUCCUCCCCCGCCCUACCCCGCGCCCUCGCCCACGCCUUCACCCUCCCCUGCUCCCUCCCCGGUGCCCUCCGCUCAGUCGCCCGCUUCAGCGUCCGCUUCCGCUCCUACUGUGGCGAUGUCCUCGCCGCUACUUGUCAACUUACUGCAGAACGAUGCGCCCGCGCCGCAACCGCGGGCAAAACCUGUCCCACAUCCGGCUAAAUUGGAUCGCUUGGAGGACGCACAGGUGGACCCUGCACCAAAUGCCACGGUGGUAGGACGCGCGCGGUUCCCCACCCCCAACUACGCGGCGGAUACGUUCCCAGCUCCGCCGCCGUAUCGUCAACAAGGCGUCACGGUUGUUCAGCGGCCGAGACCUCCUCCUCCCCCUCCUCCUCCGCCUCGGGUCACUCCCGAAGAUUUGCAGGCGUUGCUGCCACCACCCACUACGUCGAUGGAUCAAAAGACGCAAUCGAGCUUCCAGGAAUUUCAGAGGUAUCAGCAGCAGUAUAAUGCGAGACAGCGGGCGGCAUCGCGGGCAGCUUCACAACCGGAUUGGAAUGAGCCUUAUCGGGACACAUUAGGGCUCUCCAUUCCAGAUCUACCUGACAAUUGUGAUUUGGAUCAGUUGUUACCAUCCUUGGGAGCUGACCUAAACCUUGAUGACUCUGCUCUUUCGGCCAUCUCAGAACUUGAUGCCAACACCAAGCUUGACCUUCUUUAUGAUCCCCAACAACAAGAUGGGUUGCCCAAUGCUAGCGAUUCAAAUCCUGACGCUCUGCUGCAAGAAAUUACCGGUGGCCAGUUCUCUAGUACGAAUCUGAAUGGACCAUAUAACACUGAGGUAAUUCCAAGUACAAGUCAUUCAGUGAGUGAUGUGCCUUCAAAAUCUUCGGAUAUUUUUGAGAAUAAUGAAUCGAGUUUCAUGCCACCCCCGCCUGUUCCACAGCAGUCAACAUCUAAGUUCGUAAAUCCACAUCAAAAUACCUCCCCAAAUUCUGCAAUGGUUAAUACCCAAAAUCCGCCAUUUAAAUCUCCUCCAAAUGCCACAUAUUCUAUGUCACCAAAUAGUAUGAAUUCCGAUAGAGUAAAUAUUAGCCAAUCCUCAAUGCCUCCUCCAAUGAGAUUGCCUGUUAGAGCAACUACUUCUGUAGCUACAGCAACUGUAGGCUCUCAGGCUACUGCUCAAGAAAUUGAAGAACAAAGCAAGCAGUACCUGAUAAAAACACUUAUGAGGGAUGAUGAUAUCCCACCUCCUAAAGAACAGGAAAAGAAAGUCGAGGAAGUAACAGUUGCUCAAUGUAAAUUGAAAGAGAAUUCAACAGAGACACCAGAGGUUUUUGGGAUAGCGAAGAUAAACGAGGAUGAUAGUAAAAUGGAAGAUGAUACAAAGUUAAAGAAUAAGAUUUUAAAGAAGGACAGGGAUGAUAAACUGCUGGCGCAGAAAGGAGGGAAGCCUAGAACAGGGGGGGCGAAAGAGAAACCCGCUACAUUAAAAGACAAGAUAGUGCGCGAUGUAAAGUCUACCAAAGUUGCCUUACCGCGACCACAAGUCGCGAAACCCGCCACGCCUGUGAGUGAAGCACCAAAAUCACCCACAGGCGAGAAGGUGGAUUCUUUUUCUUUAAAAUUGAGGUUAAAGUUAGAUAAAAACGAGCCAGUGGUACAGCCUGUGUACAAGGCUGAUAUCAGUUUUGUAAAUUUACAAUCGCAAAAAGAGGGAUUAUCUAAACCAACAGAAGGAGGUGAACUAAGAGUUCCACCUUUACAUAUCAGUCUUAGAGGUCGUAACUCAGCGGUCAUAAAGAACUCUAAGAAGGAAAAAAAGAAGUUUAGUCCAGGAGAUUUGCACAUGAAGAAGAUAAAAAUAAGAAAAUCUAUAGAAUCUGAUGACAAGUCUCAUAGACGGGAUUCAGAGGAGUCUCUGGCGACCAAAUCUGGAGACAGCACUGAGAACACAAAGACUGAUGAGUAUUUACACGUAAAAAAUAUGAAGCUAAACAAUCAUUAUGCAGAGGGAGAGACAAUCAAAACUGAGAUCACUGGAGACAAUAAUGUUGUUUACAGAAUGAAGACAAUAUCGAAAAAUGCUCACAUUGUCACUAAAUCUGCACUGACUGACUGCAAGCUACUAAACAAUAAAUUGCAAUUAGACAGUUUAAAAAUGAAAAAGAAAUCAAAAUUUGUAAGUGAGGGUGGAAAAGUCAUAGAGAAGGAAAGAGAUAAAGAUUGUAGAAAUGAUUUAUUGGAAAAAGAAGGCAAAUAUGCUCAGAAUGAGGGUUACAGAGAGACUCCAAACAACCAUGAAGUAAAAAAGAAGUUACCAACUCCAAAACUAGAGAAAGAAAGUGGUGCAAAAUGUGAUAAUUUAAAGUCCAGUGAAGUAAAGACUGUACAGUUAGACACAGUGUAUAAUGAAAGUGUUAAAUGUGGUGCUAGUGAGCUGGACAGGGUUAAGUGUCAAAAGGGUUUAGAAAGGACGCUUAGUGCGGAUGAUGUGGCGGACACAAAGAAGUUCGACACACACAGGGCUAGUGAAGACAACAAACUAAAACGGACACUCACUGACAGUGCUAUUACCUCACCCAAUGGACUGAUCUCCUCUGAAAAGAAACGAAAGACUAGCCAUAGUUCCUGUCCAGAUCCCCCUGGAUCAACAAACGUAGGCACAAUCAAGGGCAGUCGGGUGGACUCGCCCCCACCCGCGUCUAGUCAGCGCCCUGGGGCGGUUUCGCCGCGGCGUAAAGAGAGGCCGAAGGACAAAUCCUACUGCAAACUCGUCGCCGAAAGGACCGCACGCCCUGACGCCGACAAAUUUAGCAACCGGUCACCCAACUCCCAAGCACAAGGGGAGGACUCUGGAAUCGAAUCCAUGGAUGCGUUGUCGGAGAAGUCGCCCAAUCAGGCUAGCCAAUCCCCACCUGGACCGCAGAGGAAAGAACGGUUGGAUAUGCCCCGCUCCACCAGUCCGACGUCAGUACAAAGGAUAAUAGGCGUUAUAGACCCACCCCCUGCCUCUGACGAACUACUAGAAAGACUCUCAUUAGCGACGGGGCAACCGCAUUACGACCCUGGACCCCCCGAUAUUGAUGAUUUAGGCGAUAUUGAAGCAGAAUUGGCAAAGAUGCAUGCAGAUCAUAUAAAUGGCGAUGACACUGUGAGAAGACCGCAUGAUGAACAGACACAGACCAAAGAAGUGAAAAGAGAGCCCACACCAAUUCUCAGGGAUAAUGAAAAACAGAGUCAAAGUAAUAACAGAAGUGAAAGCAAAGAAGAGAAAAUAGAAUUGAAUGAAGUGAAACAUGAAUGCGGUAUUGCUCAAAAGAAUGAAACAUGUAGUAAAGAGGAAUGUAUGUCACCUAAAAAAGAAAAGGGAGUUGAUGAUUUUGAUCACCUACCUAGCAGAAUGUCUCCACCGCUUUACACUUAUUCUAACCAAGAGAAGACCUGUUCACCUGAAUGUAAAGAGGAGAAAAUCGUAUCAGAAAAUGGCGAAACUUGUACAGAAUCGUCUAAAGAUAAAGAACCGAAACUAGAACGGCUACCGCUCAAAGCGGAUUUUCCUGAUAAAAGUUUGCUUGAGCAACUACUUAUUGAAAUUCCCACACCUGACUACACAGGAAAAAGACCAGAGUCACCAUCUCCAUCAACAUUAGAACGCGUAGCGCGGAGUACGGUUCGAACAAGAUCGAGUAGCAAAAUGAACAGCCCAGCUGAUGGACCGAAAACACCAAGGCUUAGUCCUGGGGUGAACAAACUAGAAAGAUCAGAUUCCCCAGCAUUACAGCCCAGGAAUUGUCUUCGUAGUGGGUCUGUAGAUAAAAUAAGCCCGCGAACCGUUAAUUCCGUCCCCGCCCCAGCUAAACCUGGUCCAGGAGCAAAAAGAAAGCGUAGGGAGUCUGAAAGCUCUUGUGCGUCCACUAUCAGUUGCGAAGAGGGGCUAUCUCCAGCAGGGCGCCCUAAGAAAAAACCGAGAAGGGUCGAUCAGAAACCAGUCAAUGCUGUAGUUGUUGCAAGUGGAAAAGUGAAAAAGGAGUCUGACAGUGACAGUGAUGAGCCUUUGAUAUGUAAAGUGAGGGGUAAGACGGGGAAGGGGUUGAAACCAGUUGGUGUAAAGGCAGUUAAGGGUGCUGAGGGUGUGGGUACGAGGCGUUCCGUGCGUCACGGCCCUACGCCUCCGACGCCCACGACGCCUAAUACGCCUGCAGCGCCUGCGGCGCCACCAAGCAACACCGCCGUCCGACGGAAAACGCGAAGUGCAGUGGGCGAAAGCCCCGGAGCGAGUGCGGGCGCGGUGAGGCGAAGACGCGCGUCCCGCGACGGCAAGUGA